GGGGGGAGGGGAGGAGGCGAAGGCCCGCACCACAGGCCCUGGCUCCGCCUCCUCCCCUCGGCUCGCUGAGCUUGCGCCCAGGUUCUCUGGCUCGGGGUCUGCGGAGCUUUGUCUGCACCUAUCGGUUCUGCUUCGGCUCGAUUUCGGCUCCCUUCGUCUCAGAUUCGGCGAAACCUCUCCAGUAAACUUCGGCUCCGGACGGCUCAGCUUCGUGGGCGCUCGGCUCUGGCUCGCCCUUGGACCCGGAAGAGUUACCCGGGAGUUCCGGUGCCGGCUGCUGGGGGCGGCCAUGGCGCCGCUUCUGGAGUACGAGCGACAGCUGGUGCUGGAGCUGUUAGAAACGGAUGGACUGGUGGUGUGUGCCCGCGGGCUCGGUGCCGAUCGGCUCCUCUACCACUUCAUCCGGCUGCACUGCCACCCGGGGUGCUUGGUGCUGGUGCUCAACACCCAGCAGGCCGAGGAGGAGUAUUUUAUCAAUCAGCUGAAGUUAGAGGAAGUUGAACACCUUCCUCGGCGGGUGACAAAUGAAAUUGCAAGUGCAAGUAGAUAUGACGUUUAUACCCAAGGUGGCGUCCUCUUUGUAACAAGUCGAAUUCUUGUGGUAGAUUUCUUGACUGACAGAAUUCCUUCAGAUUUGAUUACUGGCAUCUUGGUCUAUAAAGCUCACAAAAUCAUUGACUCUUGUCAGGAAGCCUUUAUCUUGCGUCUCUUUCGUCAAAAAAAUAAGCACGGUUUUAUUAAAGCUUUCUCAGAUAAUGCAGUUGCCUUUGAUACUGGCUUUUGUCAUGUGGAGAGAGUAAUGAGAAAUCUUUUUGUAAGGAAGUUGUACCUGUGGCCAAGGUUUCAUGUAUCAGUUAACUCGUUUUUAGAACAACACAAGCCUGAAGUAGUUGAAAUACACGUUGCCAUGACUCCUGCCAUGCUUGCUAUCCAGACAGCUAUUCUGGACAUUCUAAAUGCAUGUCUGAAGGAAUUAAAGUGCCACAAUCCAUCUCUUGAAGUGGAAGAUUUAUCUUUAGAAAAUGCUAUUGGAAAACCUUUUGACAAGACAAUUCGUCACUAUUUAGAUCCUCUGUGGCAUCAGCUGGGAGCAAAGACUAAAUCUUUGGUACAGGAUUUGAAGAUACUACGGACUUUGCUGCAAUAUCUCUCUCAAUACGACUGUGUCACAUUUCUUAAUCUUCUGGAAUCUUUGAGGGCAACUGAGAAAGCCUUUGGCCAGAAUUCAGGAUGGCUGUUUCUUGACUCUAGUACUUCAAUGUUUGUAAAUGCUCGAGCAAGAGUUUAUCAUGUUCCAGAUACCAGAAUGAAUAAAAAGUGCAAAAUGACUGAAAAAACAGACAUAAAAGAAGGCCAAGAAAUUAAAAGAGAACUGGUCCUAGAAAGCAAUCCUAAAUGGGAAGCCCUAACUGAAGUAUUGAAAGAAAUUGAAAUGGAAAAUAACAAUAGUGAAGUUCUUGGUGGUCCAGGGCAAAUACUUAUUUGUGCAAGUGAUGAUCGAACAUGUGCACAGCUUAGAGAAUAUCUCACUGUUGGAGCAAAGGCUUUCUUAUUGAAACUAUAUACAAAAACCUUUGGAAAGGAUAACAAAGCUGGAGAAGUAAAGACAAAAUUCAAAAAAGAAGACAGUUCUAAGGGAAACCUGAAAUCUGGCAAAGAAUCCAAAGUCUCAAAAGCCAAGGUCAGGACUUCUAUAAAACAAAGACCUCCAAAGAAGAAGCAAGAAUUGACUUUAACUCAAAUGGUAACAAAAAUUGAGGAUGAAGCUGAAGAAGUCGAUUAUAAAGAAACAAGCAACAACCAAGAAAGCUGCUUCAAGGAAACCGAACCUGAAGUGUUUGAUAUGAAUUUAUCAUCUGAUGCUGCAUAUGGCAUCCUGAAAGAACCCCUCACUGUCAUCCAUCCACUUCUGGGUUGUGGCGACCCCUACGCUCUGACCAGGGUAUUACAUGAAGUGGAGCCAAGAUAUGUUGUCUUAUAUGAUGCAGAACUAACAUUUGUUCGUCAGCUUGAAAUUUAUAGGGCAAGUAGGCCUGGGAAGCCUAUGAGGGUUUAUUUUCUUAUAUACGGAGGUUCAACUGAAGAGCAACGCUAUCUUACUGCUUUACGAAAAGAAAAAGAAGCUUUUGAAAAACUCAUUAGAGAAAAGGCAAGCAUGGUUAUCCCUGAAGAAAGAGAAGGCAGAGAUGAAACAAACUUAGACCUGGUAAGGGAAGCUAAAUCGGCACAUGCUACCACUGACACUCGCAAAGCAGGUGGCCAGGAAAAGACUAAUUUGCAACAAAGUAUAAUUGUGGACAUGCGAGAGUUUCGAAGUGAACUUCCAUCUCUGAUUCAUCGUCGAGGCAUCGACAUUGAACCAGUCACUUUAGAAGUUGGAGAUUACAUCCUUACUCCAGAAAUAUGUGUGGAGAGGAAAAGUAUUAGCGAUUUGAUCGGUUCCUUAAAUAAUGGUCGUCUCUAUAGUCAGUGCAUCUCCAUGUCUCGAUACUAUAGGCGACCAGUACUUCUGAUAGAGUUUGAUCCCAGUAAACCUUUCUCUCUUACUUCUCGAGGCUCUCUACAUCAGGAGAUUUCCAGCAAUGAUAUUAGUUCCAAACUUACUCUUCUUACUCUUCAUUUCCCAAAACUCCGUAUCCUUUGGUGCCCCUCACCACAUGCAACUGCCGAGUUGUUUGAGGAGUUGAAACAGAACAGGCCACAGCCUGAUGCAACAGCAGCUGUGGCAAUCACAGCAGAUGCGGAAACCCUUCCUGAUGCAGAAAAAUACAAUCCCGGACCCCAAGACUUCUUAUUAAAAAUGCCAGGUGUCAAUGCCAAAAACUGUUGUUCUUUAAUGAAUCACGUUAAGAGCAUUGCAGAAUUAACAACUUUGUCACAAGAUGACCUCACAGGGAUUCUCGGAAAUGCUGCAAAUGCAAAGCAGCUCUAUGAUUUCAUUCAUACAUCCUAUGCGGAAGUUACAGCUCAGGGAAAAGUUAAGAAGUGAAAUUUGAAAGGUGGCUUAUUUUGAUCACAUGGCCAUACUCUUUGUUGUCUUUUAUCAUAAUAGCCUUCACACUCUCAUUUCUUUAACUCAGCCUUUCAUUGUUUUCCAUUAUAGUCGGUGGAACAGAAAUCUUAGAAUUUCAAAGCUGGAAAUGAUCUAGUGUAGGCCCCUCAAUUUACCUAUGAGGAUACAGAUGCCCAGAGAGGGAAAGUGACCUAUCCAGGGUCAAACAGCUAGUUAGUAGCCAGAGCUAGAACCAGAAUUCAAAUCUCCUGACUUGAAGGCCAAUGUUCUGUCAGUUAUACCACCUUGAUAUCCUUCUGAUUCAUCAUGGGAGUCUUUUUAAAGCUGCCAAUUUUGCUCCCUCUUCCUCCUUUGAGAUACUAGCACAAUUAAAAAAUGAAGUAUGUCAUGGUGUCCAUUUAAAUUUCUUUAACUGUUUAUGGAUGAAGGAAUUUUUUAAUGAAUUGGUAUUUGUGCUUCUAAAAGUUUGAGGAAAUGCACAUAGUCCACUUUUCUUCUGUUGGCUGUACAAAAUAUACCAGUGUAUCACAAAGAGCUCCAGAAGUAACGAAACCACCAUUCCUGUCCAAUUUCCUACCCUCAGUGUAAAAGCAUUGGAGGAUUUACCUCAACUGAUUGAAGAGUGCAACAGGUAGGAGAAUUAUUAGCCCGAUGAAUUUUUAAUUAGGAGAUAUAUGUGAUGUAAUACCGUUUGGCUAAUAACUUUUUGUAAUAUAAAAUGAAUUGCCUAUUUGCAGGAUUUAACAGUGUUGAUGAAGCUUUAGAAUUUUGUUUCUUUGGAGAUCCCUAGUCCCCUGGACUCCUGGGCUAUCAGAGCCCUAAGUUCUAGUCUGUAAAAGCUUUUUCUUUCUUUCACCUUCUUACAUAUGCCUUAAGAUCACUAUCUCUGUAGCACCCUGAAAUACUUUUUGAGCUCAUUUCUGUUCCGUUCACUUCCAUAUUUUGUGCAGUUCUGGGAUUACAGUGCUAAAUCCACAUCCUGCUGUGAGAUCUGGAUUAAAUGCAAAUGAAUGACUAACUAAAUUGAUGAGGUUUUAUUUUUUGUGGUUGAGUUUUAUCCAAAAAAUACUGGACAAGAAUCAGUAAAUAGGAAAGUAAUCAUAGUUCUAGGCUUAAUACAUUUUUUAAAAUCAUAAACUUUUAUAGAAAAAAAGAGUCAGAUUCAUGCCUCUUUUGUGAGUAAUCUGGCUUAGCAUUCUACUAAAAUACAUAAAAGGCUUAAAUUCUGUUACUUAAAUUGUCCAUAAGAGAAACAAUCUAUAAUAAUCUGGUUGUUGGCAGUGAAUUUUCUGCUCAUAGCUGAUAUGAACUGACUGACUUCUACAAAAUUAAAAGGCAGUCCAUGUGACAGAGUUUACAUUCUUGUUUGUGGGAGCCUGUUUUUUUGUCACACAACCUGGAAUAAGCAAGCAUUGCACACAACUGUAUAAAUGUAUUUGUAAAUGCCAUUUAUGUAUUAUUUCAACAAUACUUUUAAUCUGUUGCUGAAAUUUAAAUGUGCUAUAAUAUAAAGACUAUAAUAGCGUAUUUUUAAGUUGAAUUCAGUGAUUAUCAUUAAUUACAUUAGCUGUGAUUAUAAAAUUGAGAGGUGAUUUGGAGUGGUAGGGCAAGGGCAAUGUAAGAAAAUCAUUUUAAAACAAGCAUAAAAUUCUAAACUUUUUUGCUCCAUUUUAAAAAAUUUACUUGCUAUAAAUUUUCCAGAUAAAAAUGGUUAACGUGAAGCAUUGGGAUUUUCCUAAGUAAACAUCUUACAUUUAUAUUUAUAUUCACUUUAUUUUUGGAAGAGAGUUCAAAACCAUUGAAUAUUCAUUAAAAUAGAACAAGCUCUUUUUAAAGAUGCCAAGUUUUAAACUAUCAGAGAUAGUAGUCUUAGAGUUUAUUAAUAUUCUUGUCUCUUAGCACUCUAAUACUAUUAAUUGCUAUUAUAUAUGAUAGAUAUUUAGGGGCUAUAGAUCUCUCUUUCCUGGAUAUUUGAGGUGUAAAAGAUUUAUAAUCAAAGAACCUUAAAAUGGCAGUUAUUACUGACUCAUUGCCAGUCAGGUUAGCUAAAGUUCUCUACCACUAAAUAAAAGUGUAUGUGAAUAUAUAUUCACAUAUAAUUAUACUUUAUCAUGGUUUUCUUGAAUAGUAUUGGACUCCUGAGCUUGGAGUGAUGGAAAUGUAUAUAAUUUUAGGCUUAAAUAAUGAAUAAUUAUGUUCAUAUUUUUAGUUUUUUAUUUGAAUAUUUAUGAGUUUAUAUUCAUUUUUUCCAGGACCUUUUUUUUAACUAAGCAUAUAUUUUUAAUUUUAAACUUUUCACUGUAUCUAAACCCUAACUCUGGAAUAGAUAAAAUAGAACAAGAAAUAUUUCCCAUUUGUUUUUCUUAGUAUAAAAAAAAAAUCCAAGGUUUGCUUUAACAAUGGAUUUGAGUAUUCCUUAAUCCUUAGGAUUACGAGAUAUUUAAAUACAAACUAUAUGUUCUCUACUAGUCCAAGAAAAGGUAGAAGAUUAAGUCAUGGUGCAAAAAAUGACUUAACAUCUGAGUAUAGAAUUUAUAAAAGGUCAUAAAAGCAUAAAAAUAAAAAUGAAUGUUCCAGAACAAUUCAGGAAGGCUACAGAUUGGUGACAAGAUGUGGGGGGAGCUUUUAAAUUAUUUAAUGUGACUUUGGUUCAAAACCUUUUGAGAAAAAUUGUUUUAUGUAUGUGUAUUCUUUUUAGCAUGAAGAAACUUAUUUAGAAAUGUGACAUUUUAGAGAGGAAGGAGCCUUUUCACAGAUUUAAAUAUCUUGACUGAAAUUUAGCUGGGUUUUAGCAAUCAAUAACACAAGAAGUUUUUUUUUUUCAUUGUAUUUAGUUCAUAUUUACUGUGAUGCUGAACUUCAGAUACCUGAUGUAUACAUCAUAGUAGGCCAGACAUUAGGAUAGCCUAUGAAGUGCUGUUGUAUUUGAAUUUAAGGCUAUUUAAGCAGAAAUGAGGGGAGGAGUGUCAGAAUAUAAUUAAUUUAUAUCUAUGCUAAGCAGAAGCUAACAAGAUAUACAGCAAGAUUUUUUAACAUCUCAAGAUAGAAGCACUUGUGGAGUAUAGAAAUACAUUUUAGACAUUAAACAAAACCCAAUGUAUGAAAACCCUAAUCGGGGAAGAAAAAAAACACCGCAAGACACAAAUGAAUUAUUGAAAAACUAAAAUAAUGGGUUUUUUACUGCUUUUUAUUUUUACAGUUUCACUUGUUUAAUUAAAUCAGUAAACUUUCA